UGCCGGGAAAAAUGUUUCGCAACAGUGUUGCGUGCAACAUGCCUCAAACAUGUUCUCAGGUUCGAGUUCGCGCUCGCAUUCGGCCGCUUCGAAUAAUAACGGUAAAGCUAUAGUACUUUUUGGAUUUCACAGCCGGUCGAACGCAAAAAUCGGCGGUCCGUCGUCGCGACGUGUAAAAAAUGUAAAGCGAAAAUAGCCAAAGAAAUUUGUAAAAAAAAAAACCAAAUAGAAAAAUUCUAACCGCGCCGCCCAACCGUAAAUCUCCAAUCAAAUUCCAAUAAAAGUGCUUGCCAUCUAAUAUUGUUCUUUUAUAAGAAGUGUCUGCGAGUGUGUGUGUGUGUGUGCAAUCAAUGUUUUUUCUGUGUGCAAAGUUCAAAGGCAAAGGCAAAGAGAAAAGGCAAGAGCAAAGCCAAAAGUAAAAUCAAAAUCAAAUCCUAAUUCAAAGCAAAUGUAAUCCCAAUUUCGGAAACGUAAGUUUACCAAAACGCGCGUUAUGGCACAGCAGCAGCAACAACAACUACAACAACAGCAGCACCACAGCAACAACAACAACAGCAUUCUGCUCCUUCAGCAACAGCAGCCCCCACAACAACAACAACAACAACAGCUAGAUCCACUACAGCAAUACAAUAACAAUUUGUAUAGCCAAAAUUAUAACAUGGAGGAGUACGAGCGGCGAAAAAGACGCGAGCGUGAGAAAAUCGAACGACAGCAGGGCAUACAGAUCGACGACCGGGAGACUAGUCUAUUCGCGGAGCCGCGGCGGCUGACCGAGGGAGAUGCGGAGAUUACCGCCGCCCUGGGCGAGUUCGUGGAGGCGCGGGUGUACAUCAACAACCAGACGGUGGGGAUCAGUCGAAGUGCGCCCGGCGCCGGCAAUCCGCGCCUGCAGGCGCCCCUGCCGCCGCCAGGCACCUUCAACCUGGGCCACUCACCCUCCUCCGCAUCCGCCUCCGCCUCCGCCUCCUCCUCCGCCGCAGGGUCCAAUUCCGCGUCCGCAGGCUCCGCGCUGCCCGGCCAGCAGCAGCAGCAGCAACAGCAACAUCAGCACUACCAGCAACAACAGCGACCGUCGACAUAUCUAAAGCAGGCGGACAACAAGCCACCGUACAAUGGACGCGGCGGCUACCCGGGGCAGCCCAUGAAGAACGACAUUCCGUCGAGUAGUGGCAUGGCCCCGCCCCGCGGACCGCCCAGAUCCAGUUCGAGCAACAGUGCCAGCAACUCGUCCAGCGCCACAAACAACAAUGCCAGCGGCGGCGGAGUCCCGGCCAGCAGUGCGCCGCUGGGGCCACCCCUGUCCACCCAGAUGCCCAACGGGCGGGAGAAGUCCUUUCUGGGGCCACUACCUCCAGCGCUGCACAAUGGGACCGGCGGCCGCUUUGUGCCGCCAGCGGCCAGUAAGCGUCCUGCGACGGGUCAGGCGCCACCACCGGAGUUUCUCAACAAGAUAUUCAGCGAUAUAGCCAAUAGCUUCGGGGUGAAGGGCCUCAAUCCCAUAGCAGCCACGCCGCAUGCGCCAACGCGCGAAAACUACAACCUGACGGCGCCCAAUAAACAAAAGUACGCCAUCGACUUGAUCGGGUCACCGCCCUCCUCGGAAUCCUCGUCACUUUUCCCGCCCAUUGCGCCCAUUGCCUCGCCCAUCGCCCCGCUGUUGACGACACCGCCGCAGGCCAGCCAACUGCCACUGGGCGGAGCAACAAGUGGGACGACGUCGGUGGUGGAGCCUCUGGCGCCGCUGCACCAACUGCCACCCACUCCGCCCAAGGCAGCGUCCGUGGUCACGUCGCCGGCGCUGGCCAAGCCGCUCAAAACGGAGAAGAAUCACUCGCUGGAGAAGCAAGACUCCUGCCUCGAGAACGAUCUGGAGCUGUCCGAAUCGGAGGAUGAGCAGAGGAAGAAGGAAGGUCGUUCGGCGGGCAACAGCAGCAACAGCUCCGAGUCCGAUUCCAGUGAGUCGGGCAGCGAGUCGAGCAGCAAGAACGAUCUGCAGCACCACCCCAACCUCCAGCAGCAGCAGCAGCAUCACCAGCUGCAGCAGCAGCAACUUUCCAUCCAGCAGCCGCAGGUCCUCCAGCAGCAGCAGCAGCAUCGGCCCCAGCCACUGACGUCCAAUGGGGCGCAGAACAAGAAGUAUCGCCAUGAGAUCAUUGCCCGUGGCAGCAAUACGAUAACCGGGCUGCUCAGCUCUAGUGGAUUCGGAAGUGGAGGCGGCAAUGGAGGAUCAACCGUGGUCAACUCCAACUCAGUCGUCGGCCCAGGAAGCGGUUCGGCUGGCACACUGAGCAGCGGAGGCAGCUCCUCGAACAAGACACCCUCGCCAACGGAGAGCAACAAAUGGAACCUGAGCCGGUUCUUCCACAAGCCUCAGGCGAAUUCCGAAAGCGUUUCGCCCGGCAAUGUGAGCAUGAAGGUGCCGGGAAUCCUGCCCGGUGGAGCCCAGAUCAUACCCGAGUCCAUUGAUGUGACGACGGCGAUUGUGAAGAACGAGAAGAUCCACGACGAUCACAUGGCCAUGGAGGAGGGCGAGGAGGAGGAUGAGGACGAGGAGCAGCAAUUGCGCUAUGGCGGUGGCCUGAGUGUCACACCGGUGGCGGUGAAAAAGGAGGCUAUCGAUGCUGUUUCGGAGAUGGCACUAGGAGCGAUACCAAAAAUCAAACGAGAGUCAGCGGAGGCAGUGAUCUCUGCCCGCCUCUCGGAUUCCGGGACCAGCGCCAGUGGCAGCUCCUCGAGCAGCAGCAGUAGCUCCGACAGUACGGCCGGCGGCGAGGUGGUGCCCAUGCCAGGUCCUGGAGAAACCCUCCAGAUACCCGGUGUUCCGGCCGCCAUCACAACUGUGAUGCGAGUGCCACCGACGCAGUCGCAGAAGGCACCACCGAGCAAUAGCGUCACCCUCACGCCCAUCCAGCCGCUGCCCACUUCGCCCAAGCAGCGGCAAAAGAAGCCGCGCAAGAAAAAGCCGGUCACAAGUGCCCCCAUUCUGGACUCCAGCGAUGACGAUGAGCCACCGCCCAAGCAUCCGGGUCUGGAUCAUUCAGCGGUUUCGGUUCAAACCCAGCCCGCGGCGGAUACGGUGAAAAAGGGACGUGGACGACCGCGGAAGCAGCAGCAGAGCGGCGGCAGUGGGAACCUGAGUAGUGCGUCUGCCGGUAGCAGCUCCCAGACGAAGGGUCCCACGCUGACGGCGGCCAAGAAGCCGCUGGCCAAGACACCGCUGGCCAUGAGCAGGGCGAGGAAACGCGAACAUUCCAGCCAGAGCAGCUCCAACGGCAACACGCCCACCAAGAAGGUGGCCACGCCCGUGCUGGUGGCCGCCACCGCCCUGAAGCCCUCAAGUGUUCAUGCUGGCAGCAGUAGCUCCGACGAGGACAGCUCUUCGAGCGGAGGAUCCAGUUCCAAAUCGAGCAGCUCCACGAGCAGCAGCGACGACACUGAAACCCAGAAUACCAACUGUCGGAUAGUCAAGCUGAACAAGACUGGGGCCGGGGUGCAGAAGAAGGCGCUGCUGGGCAGCGGAAGCAGUUCGCCGAGCAGCAGUGGCAGCGAGCAGGAGGAUCAGGCCAGAAAUCAGGCCGGAAGUGGUCAGUCGGUGGCACAGCAGCUGCCACCCUACAAGCCGCUCGCCAUGAGUCAGCAUAGCCAGCAGCUGAGCAGUUCCGAGAGCUCCUCUUCGAGUGGCGGCUGCGGAGGCGGCGGCGGGGGCAGCAGUAGCAGCGGCGAGGAGGAUGAGGCACGGCGGGAGAAGGAACGCGAACGGAAGUCGAAGAGCGACAAGAAUAAGAUUAACACGCUGACGAGGAUCUUCAAUCCGAAGGAGGGCGGCGCCAAGAAGCAGGGUCAGGUUGUGAUCGUGGACCUGCAGGAGGAGCAGCAGCAGGGCAAGUUGGAUGCGGCGGCACAGCCAUCACAGGUUCCAGUUGCCACCGUUGCCCCUAUUACGGUCAAGCCCCGGAUGACGCCCACCCAGCAGCAGCAGCUGGGCGCCGGUCUGGCCUCCCCGGCGCGCACAACCACGCCGCAUCUCACCUCCCUCAUAUGCAAGAUCGAUCUUAGCAAGCUCUCGCGAGAGCGCAUCAUGCGCCUCAAGAAACUCACGCCCGCCCAGCAGAAUGGCCAUCUGACGCCCAAGGAUCAGGCCACGAACGCGGUUCAUGUGCCCAAUGGCUUUGCCGGUGGUGACACGAAUUCCGCGGCCAAGGUCAAGCACGAGCAUCCGGUAAAACCGGAGCCCGAGCUGGACGCCGGCUAUGAGUCGAAAUUCAAGCCCGGCAACGUCAAGCAGGAGUUCCAGCUGAAACAGGAGCGCGACCGGGACAGGGAGCGAGAGCGGGAACGAGAACGUGAGCGAGAUCGGGAGCGUGAGCAACCUCCUCCUGGUCGGCGGCGCAAGCGCAGCUCCAGCUCCAGUUCCAGCCCGUACAAGGAGAAGAAGCGGAAAAAGCCAAAAGCCGACCACCUACAGAUGGGCAAGGAACUGCUGCCGGUGCCCGUGCUUCUGCCCUCCAACAACCACGAGCGAAUGCCCAACCACGAUCGUCUGUCCUACGACAAGCUGCAGUUGCUGCACGAAGAUGCCGCUGCCGCAGCAGCUGCUGGUGCCGGCGAUGUAACCUCUGCGAAUGGCAGCCCGACCAAAAAGCUGCUGGCCAUGUCACCACUACCACCUCCGCCAACGGUGACCGUGGCACCAGCCACCUGCAACGAGGCUGUGCAGACGACACCUCCAUCGGCCACCGCAGCCUCUGCCACAGCGGCCUCGGCUGCAAGGGCUCCGCAGCCGGAGCCUGCCCCGCGUCUCAUCUACCGCUCCUACUUCGAUCGUGACGUGGAGCACACCAGCGACGACCCCAGAAAAAACAAUCAGUUCCUGCAGGAGGCCAUCAACCGAAAGCAUGCCGCCGACUUGGAGCGCGACUCCUUCAACCAGGUCACCUUGUAUCUGGAGGCCGUUGUCUACUUUCUGCUCACUGCCGAUGCCAUGGAGCGUUGCAGCUCCGAGCAGGCCACCAAUACCAUGUACAAGGACACCCUGUCGCUAAUUAAAUUUAUCUCCACUAAGUUUCGUCCCUAUCAACAGUCAACAAACGGGCAGCACGAGACGCACAACAAAGUGGCCAUUCUCAGUUUGCGCUGCCAGUCGUUGAUAUCGCUAAAGCUUUAUAAGCUGCGGAAGGCCGCUAUUCGCGCCAUCCUGGCCAAUCUCUCGGAAUUCUUUCGCGUUGGCAGGGUGGACAUUGUCAACGGCAACACGCCUUCCUCCAUAUCACCAUCGAACUCGGUGGGCUCGCAGGGCUCCGGUUCGAAUACGCCGCCAGGCAAAAUAGUGCCUCAAGAUAUACACAAUCAGCUGUCCAAGCAGAAUGAGUAUUUCAGUUAUGUGAACAAUGCUCACGAUUUGUGGGAUCAAGCCGAUCGUUUGGUGCGCACAGGCAAUCAUAUAGAAUUCUUCCGCAAGCUGGAUCACGAGAACGGCCCGCUGACGUUGCACAGCACCAUGCACGAGGUGUUCCGGUACGUUCAGGCGGGCCUCAAGACGCUCAGGGAUGCCGUGUCGCAUCCGACGCAUCAGUCGCAGUAGCGACAGCGGCAACAGCGACCGCAAGCGCAACGGAAACGGAAAUGGAAACGAAGACGGCGACGGAAACACCACCAAACGUGUCUAAACAAAAGUCAGGCCAAAUUAGCAACUAUUAUCUACUACAAGCUACUAAUUUAGUUAGUCAACAAGGGAAAGGAGUAACGCGGGAGGGGAAAUCGAAACCAACAACCUUCCAACAGAACGAAGAUAACCACAACAACAGAAACCAGAAACAAGAAACAACACAUGAAACGAUUUGUUAUUAAUGUAUAAUUUUUAUAUGUAUGUAUUUUGUAUAUGCACACCAUUUACUUAUUUCCUUAUGCUCAAUUUUCAAUUGUUUUAAGCAUGUUAAGCUUUAUAUUUAUGCCUAGUUUUAAUUGAUAUUACCACAAACCAACAAAAAACAAACACACAUUACAAGUUAAAUUAGCUGUACGUCUAGUCUGUAAGCUCAAAACAAAAAGCAAAAAUAACCAGCCCCUUUCCCUGUCUCCCUCGCCCCCCAAAAAACACAAACAUUUUAGUUGAAUUUUGUUUUCGUAUGCGUAAAGUAAAAAGUAGGAGGAACGGCUUUUUAAAUUGUUUAAGUUUUAGUUAAUUUUGCUUUGCAGCAGCCUUGGUAAAGAAAAAUGUUAGCAAAUAUACACACAUAUAUUAUCGCCUAUAUAAAGAAAAGUUAUAGUUAUAAAUUCUUUGUAAUAUUUCAAUAUGAAUUAUGUUUAAUGCAACUAUUUUAUUAAUUUUAAAUUAAUUUCUUAAAAAGCAAUCACAACACGUUUUAGAACAAAAUACAUGAAUGAAAACAAUAUAUAUUUUAAAUAUAUAUUUAUAUGUAUGUGGAAAUGUAUCCCCUCGUUUGGUUUUAUUUGCAUCUCACCACCAUCUCCAACCCAUCCCCGAACACAUUCGAUUUAAUUCAUAAUGGGUGCCUCAAAACUCUCACACAGACGCAACAACUAAUAGUGCAUUAGUAGACUUAAACGAGUUAAAAAUCAAUCGAAAUAGACUUGCCCAUGAAAUAGAUAUAUAAGCUGUACAUAUAGCCGCCGAUAUACAAGAAAUACAUAUAUUUUUAAAUGCCAAAAAAGCGAAGUGAAUGCUGUAGACUACUCUAAGCCGAUUUCAGUCGUCAGGACUUGGGAUACGACGAUGGGGUCGGGAUGGUAGGGAUAUCGAAUACAUUGGGACAGCAUUUUCUUGUUGACUCUCCUUUUUGGCAAAUACGAAAUCGAAAACUACGAAAAUCAAAGCGAAGAUGUAACGAAAAACAAAAGGGAAAGCAAACCAAAAUAAGAAAGCAAAUUAUUUAAUUAUUAUUAACAAUGGUUCUGGGGAAACAAGGCGUUCGCAUUCAACAAAUGAAACCGUAAACAAACCCUUAAAUUAUAGACAAAUUUUAAGUUACCACUAAAGAAUGCCGAUGGGAGAGGAGAAUGUGCGCAAAUUUAUUGUGCAAUGCAACUAAGUGUAAUUAUUAUAAAUUGAUACACAUACAUAUGUAUUGUUAAUUAUUAAAGCGCUGUAAAUAAUACGAUUACUUAGAACGGAACACACGGACACACACAUGCAUAUAAUUAAAAUACAACUAAUUAAAUGCCUAAUUAUAUAUACUUACUUAUAUAUAUAUUUUUAUAUAUAUACACGAUGAAUUAACUAAACGACGUAGAAAUUAUAGUUAAAUUUUUUCAAAGUGACAAGAUUAACUUGCAGCAAUAAGCAAACGACAACAACAACAAACAAACAAAAAAACACAGAAACAACAACAACAAACGAAACGCGCCUAGUAAUAGUUAAUAAUUAUAUUUUGUUAAGCGUUAUUGUAGUGAAACAAAGCAAACCGACAGAUCGAACAGCAAAACCAACAGAAUUAAGUUUUAAGCUGGACUUUGGGCGGGCAAGCGAGGCGAAAACCAAAAUGAAUGCUAGACAACAAGUUGUUCAUUGACAAAAACUAGAACUAAAUAUAUAUUUUGUACAAAUAUAAUUAAAUUCAGCUGCAGCUAAAACCAAGUACACUUAUUAAAGUUUAAGCAACAACAAACAGAAACAACCAAUUUAAUAUGCAAUUACCGUAACAGUAGUUGAUAAAUCAAACGAAUAAAACAUCAAAAAUUGUAACAUUUA